AUUUUUUCUUUGAACGUGAACGGGUGUAGUUGAUUUCGAAUGGUAGAUUGUGCGUCUAGUAUUGAGUGUAGCUAGUGCAAUUUGUGUUAUUGGAACUUUUCGUUGAUUGCGAUGUGACAUUUUGGACAGUGUAUUAAGAGGAACAUUCCACAUCACGUGAUGAAAGCUACGCCAACAGAUGACAUACUACAAAUGGUUGUAGGAGUGGUCGGGGAAGCGCUCGAGCUCGAUGUAGUCGGUCUCCGUCAUGAGCAGCGGCUCGAGCAGCGCCACCAGCUCGCGGAAGGACGGGCGCUCCUGCGGGUCCUUGUCCCAGCAGUAGUACAUGAUGUUGUAGAGCUCCCGGCGGCAGUGCUCGGGCUUGUCCAGGCGGUAGCCGUCGCGCACGCGCCGCAUCACCUCGGCCGCCGCCAGCCCCGGUUGUCCGUGGCUACUUACGCCCUUGGAGGAGAGGAAGUCCAUGCCGCGCGCCACCUGGUAAGCGCAGGAGGUGAGGUCGCGCGAGGUGAGCGAGGCGCUGGCGCCGUGCAGGUUGCCGUAGCAACGCUCGGCGCGCGAGCUGCGCAGGAAGCUCUGCAGCUUGCCCAGCGCCACGAACUCCAUGAUCACGAACAGCGGUGUAAAUACAUGUCUUUAGACUAA